AUGGCUAGUCCUAAUUUUCCACCUACUUUUCCUACUGUAGCCAGUUUUGUAAGUGAUUGGCAUGUUCGUGUGACAUGGAUUGCGUUUUCUACACUUUUUGUUAUUUGGGGUGUUUGUUGGAUGGCACGGCAUUGUUUUGGCUCAUCCGAUGAAUUGGCAAACAUGAAUGUUGCUGGUGUUGCACCUCAAUCCAAUCAACCUGUCAUUACUGCAACGCCUGAUCCUACUGCUGGUGGGGUGGCUGCGGCUGGUGCUGGUGCUGCGGCUGGUACAACGGAUCCUACUGCUAAUCCUGAAGCAGGUGCUCAAUCUUCUUCAGCACCCAGUAAUCCUGCUGCUGCCAAAUUACUUGAAUCUACUCCUCCAUGGGGUCAACAUAUUUUCCAUCGUAUGAAUCGUGGUCAUAAUCUGAUUCGUGAUCUUUUAUUCAUGCUGCUUUGUGUUCUUGUCUUGAAUACAUUUGCACGUGGUUCCACUCGAGCUGUCAUGAUUAUUGCUUGGUUAUUUGUUGCCUUCGCUAUUGUCUUCUUAUUUGUUGAAUCAGUCUUUAAUCAUCACUUUAUUCAAUUGUCAUACACGGUGAUCUUUUAUGCACUUGCUCUUGCCAUUCUUGGUUUGGCAUUUGCUUAUGGAUUUUCUUAUUAG